CAGCCAUUUUGGGUCCGAGUCGCCAAAGCGGAGGUCGCCGCUGCCGCCGGUGAGGGCUGGAGUGGAGCCCGGCGAGAAGGAGACGCUUCUCCCGCCGCCCUCACGCCCCGCUCGGCCGGACCCCUGAGGAGGAGCCCCCGCCGCCGCCGCCGGAGGGUCUGGCUUCCGCCUGCUCCGCGGAGCCAGCUCGUUCUCCACAGGCCGCCGCCGCCGCCCCGCUGACAUGUCCAGCAUGAACCCCGAAUAUGACUAUUUAUUCAAGCUGCUUCUGAUUGGAGAUUCCGGCGUCGGAAAAUCGUGCCUCCUCCUCAGGUUUGCAGACGAUACCUACACAGAAAGCUACAUCAGCACGAUCGGCGUGGACUUUAAAAUCAGAACUAUAGAGUUAGAUGGAAAAACAAUCAAGCUUCAGAUAUGGGACACGGCAGGGCAAGAAAGAUUUCGAACCAUCACUUCUAGCUACUACAGAGGAGCUCAUGGCAUUAUAGUGGUGUAUGAUGUUACGGAUCAGGAGUCUUUCAACAACGUGAAACAGUGGCUGCAAGAAAUAGACCGUUACGCCAGUGAAAACGUGAACAAGUUGUUGGUAGGGAACAAGUGUGAUCUGACCACAAAGAAAGUAGUAGACUACACAACAGCAAAGGAAUUUGCAGAUUCCCUUGGGAUUCCCUUUUUGGAAACCAGCGCAAAGAACGCCACAAAUGUAGAACAGUCUUUCAUGACCAUGGCCGCUGAGAUAAAAAAGCGGAUGGGCCCUGGAGCGACAGCAGGCGGCGCCGAGAAGUCCAUUAAAAUCCAGAGCACUCCAGUCAAGCAAAGCGGCGGAGGGUGCUGCUAAAACUGGCCUCUUCUCUCUCUCUCUCUCUCUUUUUUUUUGGCCUCUCAACAAUGAAUCCGAACCCGACCGAAAUUUUUUUAACAAACGUCCGAAUUGUACUGUACGUAGCUGCACUACAACCAAUUCUUAUUGCCUGCACAAAGGUCAGAGAUUGUAAAUGGUCAAUGCUGACUGUUUUAACCCCCUCUCUUCCCACCGAUUCGAUAAAACGCCAACUUCAUUUUCAGAAACGUGUUAAACCUUGUGUGCUGGUUUAUAAAAAAAAGUGUGUAAUCCUUGUUGCUUUUUCCUCAUCCCAGACUGUUUCCUGUGGUUGGCGAAACUUGGAAUAUAUAUAUUUUGUUCUGGUUAUAUUGGCAUUUGUAGACGUCAGGUUUAGUCUUCUGAAGAUGAAGUUGAGCCCGUCUUUUUUUUCCCCUGGUAUCUCCUCAUCCCACCCUAUUAGCACAACUGUUGUCUGUCACUUUUCCCACCCACAAAAGGUUCUGUAAGUCAUUCUGUGUGAGAUCGGGUUUUGCUAGUUUCUCCUCGUAGAGCUGUAAAAUGGGGAAAACGGCCAGUGACUGGGAUCCGGGAUCCACGCUGAUUUAGUGGACACCCAGCGUGGAAGUGGGAUCAUUUCUCCAGCCAGAGCCCCUUCUCUUCCCUCCUCCAAUGCCUCUCGGCCGACCUCUUUUGAAACAAGAGGGGGGUAUGAUGAGCGGUUUCCCAUCCGGCUGCUGUCCAAAGCAAAAUUACAGGGGGGGAGGGGAUUGACCCAAACAUUGAGCUAUCUGCAAGCGGCUGCAGGAUCCCAGCCACUGACCCUUUCAUCGUACUCUACGUCUAAUUUGUGGCUGCGGAGCAUUGUAAUUUGUUGCACAACCUGUAACAAACCGAAGAAACGUUCAAUAAAUAUUGUACUUAUUGGAAAGUAAUAUCAUACUGUAUGGUGAUAAGUAUUGUCUUAAUUCCUCCAGCUGAGGGGAAAGGCUUACAUUGUGCCCCCAGAUGUAUCUUUUCCCAUGCAGCAAAAGGCACUUUAGAAACUUUCCUAGACCAGACCUCCUGAGCCCAGUGCCCAGCUAGCAAGUACAGUCGUCAUGGUGUUUCCGGCAUUGACGCUACACUCGGAACAAACAAGUUAGCGUAACGUUGUUCAUAGGAUCAUAAUCACUAAGUGUACCAUAUUCCCUGUCCUCUGCCCACCCCGCACCCCCUAUCCUAAGCGUCUGGAUGUGUUUCUAAAUGGUUUCAUUUAGAAAUAACUUCUCUCUCUUUUCCCCCCCUCUGACGUAGAACAGGAAAACAGUAUUUUUCUCUAACAUACUGAAUGACUUCCAACUAACAAGGGGAUAACGCUGGCGCAAUGUUAUGUCUUUUUCUAUAUUAUGUUACUUCCAUUCUCUCGCAAUUGACCUGUUGACUUUAAUAAAACUUAGUGCAAUUUAUUGGUGGCUUGGUGAUGCACAAAAUGCACAAGUUCGGAACGGUGGGCGACCAGUAAGAAGCGAAAGGAACCGGAACGGCUUCUGUGUCGUGUUGCGUACGGGACAGAAGCGCCUCGGUACAAAAUGUGAGUUUGCGCCGUAGAAUUUUUGUACAGAGAGGCUACAUUCAUUAGUGCCUGACACCUGGGUUUAUCGUCACCACCUCGAUCAGAGUCCGCCGAUCUUUUCUUUGUAAAAGAUUAGUUCAAAACUGCCAUUACAGCUGGUUUUUUCCAUAUGAAGAGGCACCCAGAUGUGACUGCAAAAGACCCCCCCCCCCCCCCCCGGGUAUGCUGGGAAGCCAGCGUGUUCGCAGAUCACUGAAACCGGAAGCUGCCUCCCAGGCGACGGCGAGGACAGCCAAUAGUGAUUUGCGCCUACAGCGGAAAUGUAGAGUCAUUUAAGUCUUCGUACUGUUGUCGGAAGAUUGCAAUUAUUGGAACUUUGAUUUUGCUCUCCUGAGAAUUUCACAAUAAAGUGUACUUCGUAA